AUGAUCCGAGAGAGGAUGAAAGGUUCUCAGAGUCUUCAGAAGAGUUACCACGAUAAGAUAAGGAAAGCAUUGGAGUUCCAAGUGGACGAUCAUGUGUUCUUGAGAGUUACUCCAGUAACCGGUGUCGGUAGAGCUUUGAAGUUGCGAAAAAGGAUAGAUGAGGUGGCCUAUUGGAUUGCUUUACCUCCGUCGCUUGUGAAUCUUCAUGAAGUGGUUCAUGUGUCUCAGUUGAGGAUAUACAUUUCGAAUCCUUCGCAUGUGAUUCAAAUGGAUGAUGUACAAGGGAGAGAUAACCUAACUAUUGAAGCGUCACCAGUGCGAAUAGAAGGACAGGAAGUGAAGCAAUUGCAAGGUAAAGAGAUCACAUUGGUGAAGGUGCUGAGGGGAGGACCAGCAAGUGAAAGUCUGACGUGGGGUUAA